UUUUAAAUCAAACCCUAGACUUCCUUCAAUUACCAAACAGCGAUAUUCCUCCUCUAUGUUCUCUCCCGUUCUCCCUAAUCUUUCUCAUUAAAACCCCAAAACUACCAUAGCCCACCGGCCACCGCCAUCGGCCACUUAGGCACCUGCUGCCGGAUUCUGUAUCGCCGUUCAUCAUUCUCCCCAAACCUAACCUUAACUCGCAAAUCCCAAAACUUGUUGCAUGAAAUCUGGCUAACUUAUCAAGGUUGCAAAUAGGUUGUAAAAAAUUUGGCAAAAAAAGUUGAAGUGAAUAUGGUUGAGGGAAGAUCAAAAGGAUGAUAACAUGAUGAAGGGGAUUUCAGAAUCAAAGAGGAAGAUGGGUAGCUUGAGUGAGGUUUUGGAGAGGGAAAAAUGUAGGAGAACUGACGUUCCUGCUGUUGGGGGGUUGAGAAAAGAUGGUAAGAGGCAAGGAAAGCGUGGUGUAUUGGAGAAACGGGAAGGAGAGAGAUUGGAAAAUGCUUUUAAUGAGCAAGAUAGGAGUGGUAUUACAGAAGAAUCUGAUGAGGAACUGACCUUGGCUGAGAUGAAAUUGGAGGCAUUGAGGAGGAAUACUAACAGGAAUAAAGAAAAUGGGAAAAAAAUAGUUCAUAUUAGAGAGGACAAAGGAGUGGUGGAGGAGAAGAAGAGGCAGCUAAUGCUGAUCAAUAACAGGGAUAUGGAAGUCAUGACCGUGGAAGAUUCUGACUUUUAUGAUUUUGAUGAGGAUAGGGUUGAGAGGAGCUUUAAGAAAGGCCAAAUUUGGGCUAUAUACGAUGAUGAUGAUGGGAUGCCUAGGCAUUAUGGGUUGAUAGACGAGGUUGUUUCGGUGAAUCCGUUUCAGGUGCGAAUGAGCUGGCUGGACCUUCAAAAAGAUGGAGAUGAAAUGUGGUCAUCUUGGGAACAAAUGGGGUUUCAUAUAUCUUGUGGAAUAUUUAGGGUUGCUAAGAAGGAUACCACUGAUUUGUUGAAUAUCUUUUCUCACAUGGUUGAAUAUGAAAGAGCAGCAAGCAUGUUGUACAGGAUAUACCCUAAAAAGGGUUCAGUUUGGGCCCUGUACAAUGAGAUGGCAUUAAAUGUGGAAGGAAGGGAUUCUUCGUGUAGGGAUAAGCGAUGCUAUGAUAUCGUUAUAUUCCUAACAAAUUACAAUGAACUAGAUGGAUUGAGCAUGGCAUACCUUGAGAAGGUUGAUGGUUUCAGGGCAGUGUUUAAGAGGCAAGAAAUUGGGUAUCAUGCUAUUAGAUGGCUUGACAAGGAUAAAUUCAGGCUGUUGUCGCACCAAAUUCCUUCUAGGAAGCUCUCUGGGGAAGAAACUUCUCAUAUUACGGGCGAAUGUUGGGAGCUUGAUCCUGCUUCACUCCCGUCAGAUAUGCUUGCGAUUUAUUAGAUUAGUUGAAGUUGUAUUUGAUGACUGAAUACUUAGAAGUGUUGCUAAUGUCAAUUUUGGGUUGUAUUUGACACUUGUGGAACUUGCUCACCAUUUUAAUACCCAAAGAUCCUUGGACACUCAUCUUUAUUGACGUCCUUUGCUCAAGUGUUAUGCUUACUCAAGUUGGUGAUAACUAAUUUGAAUGAUGAUUGAUGUGAAAGAUGCUUUAUCAUUUAUAUUACUGAAUGCUAUUAGAACUCGGUUUUUAAUAGUUGCUAUGGUAAAAAGGAAUGAAGCUAGAGUACAAAUUAGCGUCAACGUUUUGAGGAGAAAAUAUUGAUGGGAGACCAUUGUAUUUUUUCGAACAGCUUAUGAAUGGAACAAUUGCAUCUUACAUCCUAUCUAGUGUUUGGCAUAAGGCUAGCAAGAAUGUUUUUUGUUUCAAUGCCCUAUACAAGGCUCAGGUGUUGCAUGAGUUGGAGGAUAGUUUACGUAAACAAUUGAAUGAUUUUUGAAAUGUAAAGUUGUACUGGACACUACAAGUCUACAAUCCGAACCAUGUAAUCUUUACUCAUACUCAUUUUUAUUAAUAUUGAUCUACUUCUAUAGAGUAUUAUUUUAGAAAUAAUCAUAAAGUUGUUCAUUUCCCAUAACUAUAAUGUUUGUGAGGUUUCUAAUUUUUGAUUGACUGCAAAUUAGUUUAGUGUUUCCUUUCGGUCCUUUAUCACUAUAAAUUACGAUAUAUACAAAGAAAGUCAUGCUACAUUCUCAUUGGAAUAACACCUUCAUAUAUCUAAGUAUAUCCUUUUAUGUCAUUGGUGCUUCAGCUGCAGUUGAUUCCUUUUUCAAUUUGGCAAUUGCUUGCGUAGUCUGGUUUGUUUAUAAAUCUCGUUGUCGUCGGAGUUUUGGUGUUUUAGCUUCAAGUCGAUGUGUCUAUAUAUGUAUUUCCUUUGAAUUUAGUGUAAAGAAAAAGGAUUUGGAUUGUUUUUU